AUGCAAAAAUCUUAACUUAAAUAUGCUAAAACAUCGUAAUAUCUAAGAAGAAGCUCAUUGAAUUCAUAAAAUUCAUAAAGCCCUAAAAAGAUAGCAAAUUAAUCAUAAGACUAGAUGACUGGUAGUUAACUGUAAUUAGAAAUGUCGAAAUCAUAAUAAUCAUUUCGUAGUUCUAAUAGUCCUGUUGGACAUUGUUAGUCUGUUAGGUAAGAUAUAUUUUAAUAUUAAGCUCUAAAACAUUCCCAUAUCCACCUUCACCAACUAGAACUCUAUAAAAAAGACCCUCUUAAAUAAUAUCAAAGUAAUAACUUCAAUCAAUGCAUGAACGUUCGAUCAUAAAAAUGUUAGGACUCAAAAUGGAAGCAAUUUGUACUAAAACUUCUCAUGAGAAGAAUAAGAUGGUUUUCAUUUGUUAAUAUCCAAAUUGUGAAGCAGAUAAUAGAUUAGGUUGUUCUUAUUGUUAAAUUGAAUAACAUGGUAAUCAUGCAUCUUAAAAUAUGGAAAUAUAAACAUUUUGUAAAAUAUUUGAUGACAGAAGACAAUAAGUAUAUAAAAUAUAUGAUUAUUACUUAGUUUGAUAAUCUUUGUAAUUAAAUUAUGCGAGUUCCUGAUAAAAUUACUUAAGUAAAAACAUUUUUUGAAAAAUUGAGAAUAACUAUAUAAGAAAGAUUAUAAUAGAUAGAAGAUAAUGUAAUUAAAUCAAUUGAUGAAGAAUUAUCAUGGUAACCAUUAGAAAGAGAUCUUUAAAAUAGAGUUAAUUAUUUAAGCAACAAAAAUAUAUUUGACAUGACAUAAGAAGAACUUACAGAAAGUUUAAGUUUUAUUUAAGGUAAACAUCUAUCUGAAGUUGAAUAUAUUAUUAAUGAAACUGAAAAGUAUCUUACAUCAAAAGUUGAUUAAGUUUAAUAAUCUUGGAAUGAUUUCAGAGAACAAUUAGAAUUUGAAUUAACAACAGCUUUAGGAGACAAUAAUAAAAUUUAAAUUAUCGAUUAAAAAUAAAGAAAGGAAUAUGCUUAAUUAAAACUUUAAGUUUUAGCAUAAAAAUAAGAAAAGUAUCUUGAAUAAUUUAGACCAUUUUAAAUAAUAAUGAAUGAAAUUUAAGAGGAAGAAAGAAAGAUUGAAGUUCAAAAAUAAGAGGAAGCAAAAAAAUAAACAGAAUUAUAAAAAUAACAAUUAAUAUAAAUGAAAAAAGAAUAAAAAUAAAGAGAAUUAGAAUAAAUUAAAUAAAAAGAAGAGUAAAAGAAAAAAGAGAAAGAAUAAGAAAGAGAAAAAUAAUUAAGAACAUUUCCACACAUUUUAUAUACUUAAGAUUGUCCUCAUAGAUUACCAUGUAAUACUAUUCCAAUUUUCUCUUGUUGUAAUAAAGCUUAUCCUUGUACAUAAUGUCAUGGUUAUUAAUUUCAUCCACCUAGAAUCUCAAUACCAAGUUAUAGAUAUUGUAUGAAUUGUUUAGAAAUCUACUUAGUAGUUUUUCCAACAAAUUAAUCAGUUAAUUGUCUAAAAUGUUAGAUUUAAUAAUAAUCUUGA